AUGGUUGAAACAAAAAAGAUUGAUACUACUAUAACAACACCGCCAGAAAAUCGAAUUCAUAUUAUUGUAGAUAUACCCGUUAAUACUGGUCAAGCCGUCAAGAGACAAAUUUUAGGAUGUAAAUUUGUAAUUAAAAAAGAACGAGAAAGUUCGGAGGAAGAGCUAAAAGAAAUGCUGAAAGAAGUGCUGGAAAAAGGUCUGGAAGAAGUGUUUGAAGAAGAGCUGCUAAUGUCUUCUAAUGUGAUUAUACAUCCUAAAAAAACCGCUUGCGCAAGGAUUGUAAUUCUAGAUUUCUCACAACUAGCACUUCUCGUUUCGCCAGAUGAAGCGAGUAAUUUAUUAUACUGUUUUGAGGAUACCAAACUCCAUGUCGGAAGCUUUAGAGGAUUUUCGGAUCAACUCUCUAAUAAUUCCAGCACACCUCCACUCCGCAUCAAAGCAAGAACGGUGGUUUAG